CUCUCCUCUGAUGACAAGCUCUCAUCCCCCCCACCCUUCUCUCUCAACUCCUCUGGAACAACCUUCAUCCUUCUGGAUUCUCCCUCGUCGUGUCCCUCAUCCUUUUUUUUCAGUUGUUCUUUUUUUUCUUUUUUACUUUCUCAAACCUCUCCACAGUCCUCAACACCUCCAGAGAUGUGAGUAGAUUAUAAGGAGCCCCUGCUUCCGGUGACUUGGAUCCUCCGCGCUUCAGAGAGCCCUACAUCCUCAUCUUCGGCUCUCUUCUCUCUCCCCUUUUUCUAUGUUUUGGACGCUCGUCUGCCUCCCAGCCAAGUAGAUGAUGUGCUGCCACUUCAGCGGUGAAGAUGCAAACUCCUUGUCCUGUUUUCCUUCCCCGCUUCCUGCGUGCGUUUGCCUUUCCUGUCGGGAGGUGGGAAUGAAUUAUUUGCGUGAAGGCAAAGUUUGAGGGCACCUCUCCUGUUUUCCAGGCUUACUUGUCCACCUGCUUCUCUUUAUUUUUCAUAAAUAUUUUAAAAUUAAUUUACAAAGAAGAGCGUUGGCAACAGAUGAACAACUUCUAAGACACCUGACUGCUGUGGUAUUUUGCAUCUUUUUUUACGUAUUUCACGGAAUUUGGUUGCGUUCUUGGAUGAUUUCUACGUGCGCAACGGUGACGGAUAAGGCUUAAGCGAUGUUCGCGAUGACAGCUGGAGCAAGGUCCGUAACUUAGUGUUUUUCUCAACCACGCAUUGCCGACUUUGGUGGAAAGCCGUCCAGAUGGGAGGCUACCUGGAGGACUGAGUCGGAUUUGGCAGUCGAGAAAAAUGUGGAUAAAACGAAGUGUUGCGCGCAGCUCAUCCUCUUUGAGGCCAGGCAGCUGUGUGGGACACUGGGUGUGGAUUCUGCUGGCCAUGACUCACCUCUCCCCGGACUUUUCCGUGUGCAGCCCUCUCAGACAGGGUCUGGGGAUCAAACUCACACCUAAAUCGGUGCCUCGCUCCCGGCCUCGCUUGCAGCCUCUCUGGGAUAUGCCCAACAAGCUCCACUGGAGAACAGUGAACCCAUUAGCACGCCGGCUUCUCCACCCUGUCUCUCCACCUCAAGACAACAAGGUGGGAAUUUGGCCAAAAGUCAAAAGUCAAAACCAUCGAAAGCUGGCACAUAAGGGACAAGUGGCAUGUAAGGAGUGCCGGUUGAGAUACUCUCAAACAGAAACAGGUGAUCCUUUGGCUGGAAUAGCAGAAGCUCCGGUGGCUUUAUCGAGUGGGAGGUUGUUAAUUAGAGCCAAGAGGCAGCUGAAAUGGGAGAGCUUUGACAAGUCUCAGGAGGGCCGGACUACCACAGUGGCUGGAUUUAUUGACUGGGGCCCGACUGGGAAUGAUAGCAUAUAUGAAGACAAAGGGGAAGUCAAUGUGACGCUGGCCGCCAGGGCCUCAUCGACCACAAUGACAACAACCGCUAGCACUACCACACAAAGGACGUUCACUGUAACGACCACAACAGAGUCCAAGAGCACCACCAAGUCCGCUAACAGCAAAGCAGAGACUCCCAAACCAAUAAAGCCAUAUGUGGAAACACCAGGUUUGGCAGUUCACCAGAUUAUCACAAUCACUGUGUCUCUCAUCAUGGUUAUCGCAGCCUUGAUCACAACACUCGUCCUCAAAAACUGCUGUGCACAGUCUGGAAAUGGCCGCCACAAUAGCCAUCAGAGAAAGAUCCACCAGCAGGAGGAAAGCUGCCAAAACCUGACAGACUUCACUCCGGCACGCGUGCCAAGCAAGGUGGACAUAUUCACUGCCUACAACGACAGUCUUCAGUGCUCACACGAGUGCGUUCGGACUGCUGUUCCCAUCUACACUGAUGAGAUGAUCCAGCAGACACCUGUCUAUAAAACCGCCUACAACGGAAACAGGCCCUCCCCCACUGAAAGACAACUGAUCCCUGUGGCCUUCGUGUCGGAGAAAUGGUUCGAGAUCUCUUGUUGACGAGCUGAAGACUUUCUUCAUCUUCUGAGGGAAAUACAUCCUGAAUUCACGCUCCGGAUCCAGUCUGGGAACAAGAAAACGGCUUCUUUUGUAAAAUAGUGUAAUCACAUCUCAGACGCUGGUGAAGAUAUUUAUUUUUUUAGUGAUUACAAGCAGAGCAGCAGCAAACGCUGCCUCUCCAUCUCUCCGGAAAUCUACAUUCAUUUAGAUAUAGAGUAUAUAUGAAUAUAUUUAAAGGAUGUAUGGAACAAGACUGUGGACAUCCCGGGUGUCUCAAGGAAAACAUUUCUGAUGUGAAAUGAGGAGCCCAAGGAGCCGCUUUGGGUGGAAGAUGAACAGUUAUUUCUGAACAAUGUGCCAAUAAUGCCACUAUGUGCCACAACAUGGAUAGAUGGAAGUUUUACAAAAAUCGAAGGACCAAACAAGAGUGUUAUAUUAACCCUGUAUCAACUCCUGUUACAUUGUUUUGUUUUAAUUUUAUUUUUAUUGAAAUGUAAAAAAAAAAUACUAAUGUAUUUGGAAUUGUUUUCAAAUAGUUUUAAGAAAUGUGUUGCAGAAGAAUCUAAAACAUAUUUAUAUAAAUCAGUAUUCUAUAAGCUUUUGGAAGAGCGAUAAUGGAAAAUCAGAGGUGGUUAAUGCUUUAUUGGAUGGUAAAAAAUAAUUUAUAUUAGACCCAUUUUAACAAUCAGAAUAUUUAAGUCUAUUUUUGUACACUGAAGAACCUGCCACAGCCCUAACAGAGGAUGUCUGGGUAACCGGAGACCACUGUUUGAGUUACUUAAAUAUCCCCACCCAUUCCUGACAACAUCUACACAAUGCAAGUCAAUUCCAUGUAAAUUGCUCAUUUUGUGACACUUGAAUCUGAUUUAGGUCAACAGAAAACAUACAGAAGGCUUCUGCAGGGCAUGCUUUAACAAACCCCACAGCAGGACAUUUAAGGAAAGUUUGAAUGAAAGCAGCAACUACACACUGCUUAGAGCAUGACGACACAUUCGCACACAUUCAGGUCUGUUUGGCUUUCCUGCACAGUUCAUAAUUACUGACACAUCAGCUGUUUAGACAGCCGAGACAUCUAUAAUUUAAUUUAAAUAAAUUUUCUAAAUUAAAUUCAAAAGUAUUGCAAAGAUUAUAAAGGAGUCUACUGUAGAGAUGGGGAAGUCCCACUGAGGCAUCUCUUAGGACUUAAAUGAGAUUCAUCUCAUUGUUUUUUCUUUUCUUUUCUAAUUACAGGGACUAAAUGUGGAGGCAUUCCCUUAUGGAAUGUGCUGUAAAGGUCAGCUCUCUCCAGAACCAGUUUCACUCUGCACUUGAGAACAAUACAAACACAAGUAUUCAUAUUAGAAUUUCAGCUUCAUCAGGCAGGAAGUUGGGAAUGUGCACAGUUAGUUUAAACUGCGGCAACAAACAUAUUAAAAAGCAUUUUGUUCCCAUUAUUUAGUCAUUAAAGAGGAAAAAGGACAAGACAAUUACCAACUACAGUUUUAAAGCAACACUAAAGAGUUUCCCCGCUUUUCCCUCCUACUGGUUGAAAAUGGAAUUACAACCGUUGUAAAAGACCCUGCUGCAACCUCCUAUAGCAACGAGCUAACACUAGCGUGCUAACUGAUACCAAACAAGCCACAAAAUACCAAGAUCUACAAUCGGAUAAAAAACAUUAUUAUUUACAAGUCCAGUAACAAAAAUGCCAGGUCACUGGUGACUUCGUAGCCUCCUUCAGCUCCCUCAAACCAGUGUUGGCCACGCCGAUGUUCACUCUGGUUUAAGCUUUUUGCGACACCUCUUAAGACAUUACUCUUUUACUGUUGCUUCCAGGCUUCACCAUGAUGCCAACAAAAAAUUAUUUUUAAUCUUCUUCUUACACUUUUUAUUGACCAUCAGCGAACUGAAAACGCUAACUGUUAGCCUUUAAAUUAGCUACCGGGACAGUAAACCACAUACAUCAAAUACGUAGACACGACGUGGAUUGACGCUGCCUAUAGAGAGCCUAAGUCACUUCCACAUCAUGGUUCCCCGGAAGAACGAAAAAAAUGAAUGCAAGUCAAUGGGGCUAAAACGAUGUUUUCUAAUUCCGCUUGUUUUGUGCCAUGGAUUUCACGUAUGAUGUCUGUGAAUUUUAAAGACACAUUUUGAUACCAAGAACGCACUUAUUUUCGAGCGGGGGGAAACGCUAUUUUAGGUUUUGUGUGAAAAUAAGUCCAGGACUACAAAUGCGCUUUACGAAAGUGACGUCAUCGAUUCAGACACGGAGAAAACAGAGGGGAAAGGCUGUAAGUUCAGCAAACAUCCCACAGGAGGAAAUAACCACCAUAAAUCUGGUAAUUUGGUAAGUAGCAGCUACGCUAGGGGGGGAGAUUAUGUGGUGACGUCACAUAUGCGACGUGUCGAUUUCUAGUGUGUAGUCAUGCUAAUUACAAACAUUUACAAGCUGAUAAAUCUCAAAGUAUGUGACUGAUGUGGUCGAAAUACACAUCAUUGGUUUUCAUUUAAAUAGCAGUACAACGUGAUCCAGGGUGUAAGGCAAAGUGGAUUAGAAAAAUAGCAUUUUUAGCCCCGUUGACAUACGUUCAUUUUUUCGUUCUUCCGGGGGCCCAUGAUGCGGAAGUGACUUAUGCUCCCUAUUGGAGCUGUUGUAGCAGUGGGCUGCCAUCUUGGAUGGGUUCCCAUUUGUCCCCAGUGCUUUUAUUUCUACUGUUUACCCAACAACACACUUUACUAUGCUCUUUCAUAAAAUCAGACAUAUGGUAUGACAUGAUAAUCAAAAUACAAAUAUAUUUAAAUCAAAUUUUAAUAAUAUAUAAAAUCCCAGCAGGUAGGCUAGAAAAGUUGCCUGUACAUAGUGCCCCACCCUGUUCAGUCCAGUUGGGUUUGGAGAGUGAGGGAAUCCAUUCAGUAUGGAGGCAGGGCUGUUACGCACUCCAGUGCCUGUCUACAUAUUCAUAUCUAAUAUGGUGUAAACAGCUAACAGCCACAAAGCAGGCAGAGAGCAGCCUCUUGUGAACUUACCUGUGCCACAAAACUGUUAGAAACCUCAGUUUCUAGUCAGCAGAAGGCAGCAGAAUGCUGUCCAGUGAGAAAAUGGUAAAGUUUCUGCCUCAAACUGAAACCACUUUGAAAGUGAUAGCGGAAUGUGUUAAAAACUCUUUAGUGUUGCUUUAUAUUAGUUGAAAUAGCCAAACGUCCAUUGUGGUGAAAAAGAUUCUAGUACCAAUGAUUUUAUUAUGAAACUUCAAGCUCCAAUUAACCUUUGUGCUACGAAGCUUUUGUGGAAGUUGUCAAAUAAUCUACCUUUCAUUGAGCUGUAGGUUUGUACAAAGCACAAACACAUUUCUGUACUUGUAAACAUUUCUGGCUGCAAACAGCAAUAUGUACAGUUUCACUGGAUGUCUACGAUUAAUUUUUCCACUUGUUAUUCAGUAAAGUGGUGCUUCGACUUAAAAAGGAUGAGCAAAACAGGUUGUCCCAACAGUUUAGCCUUUCUCACACGUGAACACUGAAGAUGUUUAGGAGAAGAGUUUGGUUUGGAUAUUUUUUUCCACUCUGGCUGUUCAUCUCGGCAUUUGACAGCGGAAGAGUUUUCCCUGUGGAUGUUUGCUCUCACAGAUAGAGGUGAAGUGGAGAGGCUUCCUACUAGAGCACACAAGUGGCUGGACGUGAUACACAGAGAACUGUGUGGAAAUCAAUACGUUUUCUUUAGAAACACAUUAAGAAUGAUGGAUGAAGCUACAAGUUGAGCAUUUUCGUGCUUGUCAUUCCUGCAUGGAAAAGCAAAGAACGAGUGGAAAGGAACAUCCAGGUCAGCAGAAAAGAAUCUCUCUUUUGCUCACUUGCAGCAAAUGCACCACAGAAUCUCUCCAAUGCACACACAUUUUUCUUAUCUGGAAAUAAUUCUUGCAAAAGAGGGUGAAUAAAAUAACACCUUUUCUUAGAAAUUCAGAUCAAAAACACAGCAGAAGUAGCUCUGGAGCAUACAUGGACUCUAAAUGCAUGUGUGAACAUGGCCUACAUGCGAAUGUGCCGUUCUCAAAGUGUUAAAAAGAAGGAUUGGGAUAAACACUGUGGUGUAAAACUCCUGCUUUGGCCCAUUCACAACGUGAAAACCACUCAUGAAUGAACGAUACCCGUUCAGCCUCACGUGUGCCAGGCUACACUACUUCUUAGACAAAUACAUUAUUUUUGAAUGAAGAGUGUUAUCAUACUCGUCAGAGGGUUAAAUGAAACUUACUGUAAAUUCUACACGUGUAAAUGUAUUUUCUAUAUAUUUGCUUCUAUUUGUGUACAGGUGUGUUCUAUUUUUCAAAACCUUUCCUUUUUUUCGGGAAAGGUUCCAGCUAGGUCGGGAAAGUCUUUGUUUACAUGUAUAUCUAAAGUAUUUCUUUCAAAACACAAAACUAACCUUGUGCCAAGCUUCUUAUCUGCACUUUCCAGCAGUACGUGUGUUAUAUCUUUAGCUAAUCAGUACAAUACUUUAGUAGACGCUGCAAUAGUUCGCCGAAUUGAGAAGUCAUCUUCAGGUGGAAUGUCUGAAAGUAGCAGUGCCGAGUGAUUUCAUCAGGUGUUCUGAUAAUAUCUUGAGUAUAUCUAUUCACGGUUGACUGGAGAACCAAUGACUCGCUCUUUUUAACGUUAUUCGUAAGUGGAAUUUGACAUUACUAAUUAAUUAAUCUGCAAAUCCAACAGUAGCUGCCAAGAAACCAACUAAACUUGAUCUACGCUGGGUUGCACCCGUUUUAUGUUUUUUUAGUGUUUGCACAUUCAUGUUGCCUCAGUUUCCCCAGAAAAAAAUGAUUUAUUCACCAGAAACAUGCUACAUGUAAUUAUCAGGAGAAGAUUGUCCUCAGUAGUUUGGUUUGUUGUUGCGAGCACUGCAGAGUAACCCCUCCUUUCCACCGGACACGUAAACGUUGUGCAAUGUCAGUGGAACGUACUUCUUAAGGGUGGUUUAUGCUUGACGCGUCCGCGAGGUCCGCACGGCUCCGCGCGGAAAAGUUGCGUCAUUGUAACAUUCACACCCCUCCACCGCGUCUCCGCACGGCCCAAGAUUUCCGCAACGUGCACCUCGGAAAAUUUCUAACCACGUGGACGGACGGACGCGGAAAAACAUGGCGGACCGGCAAGAACUAGUAAGGCAGAGGUUCGUAAAUACAGACAUUUGUAUGAUUCAGCUCUCAGAGAUCACCGUGAUCAACAUGUUGUUAAUAAUUCUUGGAGAGAAAUAGCUCGCAAUGUCGGAAAAGACGAGAACGCUGUUAAAAAUGCUGAAAUGUCAUGUUGUAAACAGUAAUUUCUACUUCUACUAUGGUGUAGUGUUGGAUGCAUGCUGUAGAGCUCCAUGCUGCCCCCUACAGUUUGGGAGAAUAUUGGCUCACGGCAGAGACAAGCCGCAUGAACCAUAAACGCUGUGAGUUGUGAAGCGCGUUCCAGCCGCGAGCCGCAUCACCGCGCGGAAAGUGAAUGCGUCAAGCAUAAACCAAGCUUUACACUUCUGGGAUGCACCCAAAUUGCUGAGGACGCUGUUUUAAUCUCGACAGUUCAGAUCGAGUUCAGAAAGGAAGUCAAAAACAAACACCAUAUAAAACAUUUGGAAACUGUCAAAAUAAAAGUCACGUACUGAGUUCCAGUUUCUCCAUGCUUGUUAUCAUGUGAACUUGUAAAAUCAUGGUGUUCCAAUUCUCCCAUGAUAUUGUGACCUCGUGGGACCAGCUGCAUGGAAUGCUUUCGCUCCUGGUUUGAAUGGUGCACGCGAGUUAAACAUGACUACAUUACGCAUAACUUACGCGUCCAGUAAAAAGGCUGGGUGAGAGUGAAAGAAAUUAAAUCCUCAUGAAUUUAUUCACUUCUUAAGCUUUCAGUUUUUCAGCUUAAGCCUUAUUAUUUAGCCAUGCAAUGCCAUACCAUGUGUUAGCAUGCGAGUUGUGACAAGUGUCCCUCUGCUAAAUAAAUGGAUCACAAGCAUGCUAAGGUGCUAAACUGGAAUGAUGUACACAGUAGUGUACAUCAUGUAUACAUACAUGUACACUUACAACAUUGCUGUUGGUGUGUAAGCGUUAACAGUUUUCAUACAGGCAUAUGGUGAAAAGCACUUCUGUGCCUCAAACAGCUUUUUUAAACAAAGUUGUCGGCUUUCAGUGUUUGGAGGCUUCGCCAACAUCCUUCCUGGUUUCAUUCUCACAUCACAUGAUCUAAUCUACCUGGCGACAUUAAUGCAAAAAACAUUACUGAACAACUGAGUGCACAACAACUACAGCACAUGCACGGUGUAAAAAUGGUCCGUUGCAAAGGUCAACAUUGCUCUGCAUUGGUGGUUUGACUUUCUGCCAGUGGUAUUGACUAGAUGACAACAAUCCUUCAUUUCAAGUCGUCUCUAAAUCCUAAUUAAGCCUUUACACGAUUGUAACACAUUUAGAUGAUAUGAUUACCUGUGAAUUCUUUCCUAAAGAAAAAAGUAAUGUUCUGUUACAAAUUAUUAAUUAUCCAGUUUUUUACUCAAUAGGCUUUGAUUUUGUUUAUGACAUUAAUGAAAUAACUUGAAUUCUGAAAUGGUUUUCAGAGGUUUUACUUCAGUUAGCCUUGAAGAUCUUGUUUGCACUGACAGCUAGCUGCUAACUAAAAUAAUUGCAUUCCAAGCAGACAUCAAAGAGAAAUGCAACGACACAAAACAUGUGUGACAUAUUUUACAGAGGUCCUUCACUCGUAUUUGCAGUGGUUUCUUGUAGGAAUAAACGGUGGGGGCUGCUCAGAUGCACCUGUAUCAGCACGAAUAACUCAGCUGGUGGAGAAAGUAGCUUCAGACGACAUGAUUUGGACUUAUUUCCUGAUUUCCGGACAUCUCGAUCAUCUCUGAUUGGCUAACAGCAACGCGACUCUCCCGUUGACUCAGUUAGCAUUGUAACGUUUAUGUUUCAUCUCCAUAAAUAAAACAAGCCUGGAGGUGUUCUGCUGUGUGGUGGAGUUGAUAAUGCUAACGGUUAGCUUCUACUAGUUGAGAUGUUCUUUGCUGUUUCCUGUAAGCUAAAACAACAGCCUUCCCCAUCUUGAGCCGAUUUGGGUUAGUCCAAGCGACAGCCUGACUUAAGCCUAGUUUAUGUGUCUGCGUCGGUACGAAGACACACAACAUCAUAUCUAUCCUUGCAAGGGCUCUCCAGCAGGCGGACCGACGGAGUCUAGCCCCCUUUUCUAAACAUUUGUCAAACGAGACAUAGAACGGAAGCUCGUGAUUGGUCAGGACGCUGCUUACGUCAAUAGCACCUCCAUUUUGCUCUCAAAAAAAUAAAGAGAGCCAAAGAGAUCUAGUGGCAGAAAUGGAGCAGCUUGAAGAAAACCUUGUGGAAAAACUCUAAAAAUAUACUUUUAUUCACCCGUGACUGCAGGAGUGAAAAAGAUACGUGCAAGUGUUUUAUUCGUAAAGGGAAAUGACAGGAAACAUGGGUUUAGAGGUGGCGAGCGCAUGAAGAGGUGAAGAAGAAUGAGGGACAAAUGUGUCAAAUGAUGGACAAAUGUUACAAAAGUAUCUGAAAUACAGAAAAAAAAACACAAUAAAAAAACAAUAGUAAAUGUACGACCUUGGACCACAUACAUGACAGGAUACCAAAGAACUACGCCCCCUGUUGUCCCGGCGGGGAAUUGCUUUGCAAUGCUCCCCAGGAGACGAAGCAAAACGUCUGUCAAUGCGUGUGCGUUUCUCCCUAGGAGCUGGCGCCGAAGCAUAAACUAGGCUUUAGAGUGGGCAAGCUUUUCAAAUCUAAGCGUUUCACCUUCUAUCUCCUCUCAGAGGGUAAUGCAGGAAAUAGUUGUAGGACUUAAGUUUCACGUUCAGCCAGCACAAUAAACUCCUUGAUUUAAAAAAAAAAUACAUAAAAAUGGUUUCUCAGUGAAGGACUUCCUUAGUGAAAGAAUGUUUUAAAACAUGGAGAUUCACCACCAUCAUUUUUUACACCUCUGUCUGAAAGCUAAUAUAUAUAGAGAAAUCCUAACAUGUCAGUUUUCCUCUCCCAACAGCUCAUACGGGUUGUAUUUUGUCCCUGGAAGGAAAACGGCUCGUGUGGCCAGUCAGAUCAUGUUCUACAAACCACCUCUGGGUGCAUUCCCUGCUGACAUCAAUCGAGUGUUUUGUAGCCCCUGUUUCCAUCUCUUCAGCAGCUUAUAAAACUAAAUCAGGAGGCUCUUGUGUUGAGAUGAAACAAAAGGAAUAUUUACGAGUCCUGUGCUUCCUGUUGCAUGUCAGACAAACAGAGUGUAACUCAUUGAUGUGUUCUUUGAAUUCGAUGUUGGCUGAAUAUAUCACGGUCUAGGGUUUUUUUGGCCUCGGUUAUAUUGUUUGAAGCAUUACCAUGAAAGGAAUCAAUGAAUUGACUCACCUUCAUUAUAGUCUUUUUGGUGUCUUGUUAGCCAAGAAACAUUUUCCACACAUGGCAUUGAUGGUGACAAGUGAGGGGUUUAAAUUUUGUCAAAGUCAAUAGGGUGCUCAAUGAGGUAAGACUGUACGAGAGGAGGAAUAUGUUAGAUCUGACUAUUAAUCUUACUGAAUCAUUAUCCUUAGCUGUCAGGAAACUUUAGCUCCUUACUCGGUUUUUCCUCGUCUUUUCAGGAAAAUCACAUACUGUGCGCUUACUGUAUUUACAGCGGAGGGCUUUGACUCUGCUUGGGUCAUGUUUUUACUUUUCUUUCUAUUCAGAAGAGCUAAACCACUUUCAGUGCUAAUCCACAUAGUCAAAGACCAGAGAGACAGAGAGAGAGAAAAGCAUUUUGUUUCCAGCAUCCUCUACUUUCUCAUAAUCCACCCAGCUAGAGGGCAAGUAGGAACAUGACCCAAAUCUGCAGCUUGAUUCAAAAAGGCUUCCAGCGCUGUAAGAUGCCUUGCAACGACACUUAGACCUGAACGAGUGCCACGUCGAAGGAAUCUGAGGCAGAACUGAAGAGCAGUUGAGUAAAUGAAGACUUGGUCGCCCAUUUCCCUGAAAGUCAAAAUCAAAGUGUUAAUAACUAAACAACACAGGGAUGAGAACAUUAAGCAUGUUUAGCUCUUAUUUUUAGGGAAGAGGGGACUUUUUCCACAUGUGGUUUUUUCACUGAAGCUGAAUUAUGAUUUCAUUUCAUAACAACAACAAAGGAAAAUGACUCCAGUUGUGUUGUCGCCAUAAAAAUAAAAAGUUUGUACUUUGUGACUCUUAAACUUUUUAUAUUUGUGUUUAAUAUAUCAAUGAGUACCUCUGUUACCUUUUGUAUAAGACCUAUGACUAUACACACACACACACACACACACACACACACACACACACACACACACACACACACACACCUCCGAAAAUAUCUUAAAAAAGGGACUCCAGUCUGUCUCUGUGACGACUAAACGUUGUAAAACUUUUGUUUUGUGUCUUAUGAGCCACAUCUCUUCUUUUUGUAGUUAUUGGUAAAUGUUUCAAUUUCCAGGUGACUUUGAUUUGGUUACUCUUGUACUACUAAGCUCUGUAUUUGCAAGCACUGUAAAUGCGAUUCUCACUGGAUUCGUCCUCUGUACAUUUAGUACUCUGAUGUUGCUAUUAAUAAAACGUAAAACAACA